UUUUUAUAAAAGAUUAAAAGUGAAAUAAAAUAAAUAAAAUAAGCUUCAAAUUGCUCUAGCUUCAUCCUACAGUAGCCAAUUCCGCCGGCGACUACCCGCCGCCAUGGACGCCGCCAAGGAAGUUCUCACCGACCUCUCCCCCUUCAUCAAGAUUUACACCGACGGCACCGUCGAGCGACUCUUAUCCACGCCGUACGUCCCUCCGUCGCCGGACGACUCCGCCGCCGCCGUCUCCACCAAAGACGCCGUCAUCUCCUCCUCCAUCUCCGCCAGACUUUACCUCCCAAAACUCACCGGCGCCGCCGCCGCCCAGAAGCUCCCCAUCGUCGUUUACUACCACGGCGGCGGAUUCUGCAUCGGCUCCGCCUUCUCUUUACUCGAAAACCGCUACAUUUCCAUCCUCGCCGCCGAGGCCGCCGCUCUCAUCGUCGCCGUCGAGUACCGCCUGGCGCCGGAGCACCCCCUCCCGGCGGCGUACGACGACGCCUGGGACGCCUUCAACUGGGUCUGCUCCCACGCCGCCGCCGGCGGCGGUUCCCAAAACAAAGACCAAUGGAUCUGCGACCACGGCGACUUCUCCCGUCUGUUCAUCUCCGGCGAAAGCGCCGGCGCCAACCUCGCCCACUACAUCGCCCUGCGCGCCGGCGACGGCGGCGAUCCUCUGCCGGGAAACGUGAAAAUCGACGGCGUAAUUCUGUCGCAUCCGUUCUUCCUGUGGGGAUCGAAUCCUGAAUCGGAAAAGAAUGACUUUCUGCGGUUUCACGAGAGACUCUGGGAGACGUUCUGGCCGGCGGCGGACGGCGGUCUGGACAACCCGCGGGUCAGCCCGGCUGGAGAUGGGGCUCCGAGUUUGGCCGGGUUGGGGUGCUCCCGGAUCCUGAUAUGUUCGUCGGAGAAGGACGCGCUGAGGGAUGGGGCGAUAGUGUACGAAGAGGGAGUGAAGAGGAGUGGUUGGAAAGGGAAGAUCGAGAGUGUACACGUGGACGGCCAGGAUCACUGCUUUCAUUUGUAUGAUCCUCAGACGGACGAGUCCAUGAAGCUUAUCGCCAAAUUCGCUUCUUUCAUCUCCAAAUCAAAAUGAGGCCGUAGGGUGCUUAGUCCUAAUCAAAUAAUAAUAAUAAUAAUAAUAAUAAUAAUAAAAGAUAUAUUAGAAUGUUGACUAGGGCUUCAUUAGCACCGGCACAUCUAAUAUAGUUUGAUAUUAUAUGAUGUAUGUUUUAUUUUAUUGAUUGUUGUCAAAGUGAGAGUAAAAGUAUUGUAAGAAAUUAUGUAAUUUUGCUUCUAAAAAAUAAUACUCCCUCGGUCUUAGAUACCGUGUCUGCUACAU